UCUAGGAGCAGCGUGAACAGCAGCUGAAACCUUUCUACUGGGGUGAACAUGCCCUUAGCCUCGCACCACCACGGGGAAUUGUGAGAGGGCAAAAGGAAAAAAAAAUGCUCAAAAGAGCUGAAAUCCUGAUCUGAAGAAAUAACGUUGGAGUAAAAUAUAUUUAUUAUAUAUAUAAUAUAUAUAUAAACAGAUCCAGCACGUCGCAUCCUCUUCAUCCUGAAAGGAUGGAUGAUCCUUUAUGAAGAGCAUUGCAGUAGUAUACUCGCAUCUAGUUCUCGUGCUGACCUGAAAUGGAAGAUGUGGCUUAAAAUGAUACCUACUGACUGCUGCCCACAGUGUAACGGAUCCAGAGAGAUGACUAUGUUACCAUGGUGACUCUUUUAACCAAAGAUCCGGAAAACAAGGGCUUGGAUUAUGGUAUAUGCAACACCUUCAACUCUGAAUUGCAUCAUCCAAAGAAGAUGAGUAAAGGGCCUACUCUCCUCUCAUGUGGAAUUAUGGAGGGGGAUCGGUGGAGAGACAUCAGCAGGAAGUGUCAGAUUGACCUUGAGCAAACCACCAAUAAUCUGGACUCACCUUGGACUUGUUUGGCCAGUUCAGAGGAGUGUCAAGAGAAUACAGCUUGGCCAAGUGAUUCAAACCCAGCAUCUGCUGUAACCAGUUUAAUCAAAGACCUCAGCCUCAGUGAUCGAAACGGCCAUCCAUCAGCACCUCCCAGCAAACGGCAGUGUAGGUCGCUGUCAUUUUCAGAUGAGCUAUCAAGCUGUCGUUCACCAUGGAAACCUAGUGGGUCAAAGGUGUGGACUCCAGUGGAUAAAAGACGUUGCCACAGUGGGAGCAGUGUGCAACAUUGUUCAAAUGGGGUAUCUACAAUGCAGAGGAGCUCAAGUUUUAGUCUGCCUUCAAGAUCCAAUGUCUUUUCUUUCUCGUAUGAACCCUUGGCUACCAAUAACAGGUCUGUGUGCCCACAGAGGCAGGGCUUUUGGACCUCACCCACUUUUGGAAGGUUUAAAGAUGACCUGCGUCCUGAUUCCAAUUCAGGAGUUGCGUCCGGGGUCGAUCUCCUGCGACCUCUUUCUGUAUCUCACGAGCAGAUAUCUGUGCUGGAGCUCAGCACGCCGUCCACAAUGGGUAUGUCUGCUGCAGCCCCAGAACCUGUGCAGCAGACCAGUCGACUGCUCCGAUGCAGAUCACAGCCGUGUGUCCACAAUGAUCAAAAAGUUGGGAUGAAACGUCGCAGACCAGAAGAAGAUCACAGGCCAUCGCUUGACCUUGCCAAGAUGACUCAGAAUCUCAGGAAUUUUCACAGCCCCAGCUCUGUGGGUACUACUGGGAGUGACUGCUGCCAGCGAGAACAGACCAUCUCACCGAACUCGAGCACAGCAAAGACAUGGACGCCACACGUUUAUGUUUCAGCUCCCAUGCCAGGAACAACACCCGCCUGUAGCCCAGAACCACAGCCUCAUGGGGACUCAGAAAAGCCCUCUACCAGUAAAGGGGAAACCAGCAGCAAGAAAACAAAAGUGUUUGGAAUUGUGAAGCAAAGCUGGCCAAGUGACGAGAAUGAUAAAGACUCAUGGAGGAGGGGGAAAUCUGGACAAGAUGUAUUUCAGCUGGAUGGUGAACUAGACAUUGAGCAAAUAGAAAACAACUAGGCUAUCAGGUUCUAGGAUGCAUGAGCAGAAGAGAUCUAUAAAAUUCUGCACAACUUGCUGCAUUUUUUUUUGAGUUUUUAACAGUGCUCCAAAGGCAUGUUAAAUCAACCAACUUCACACCUUAACAUGUCUAUACCUGAAUAUUCAAUUUGCCAAAUGGCAGGCAAUCAUAGUUCUGUGGGGGCAAACCCAAAGGGGAUUAGAGGUAAUUAGUUUUUAACUUAUGCAUUGUCCUACAGAUAUAAUUGGCCAAGGCAUUGAGUUUAAAGCUAUGCUUAAGGAAAAGUGGCCCCUCUUUACAUGUUUUUAUAUAAGCUUGAUCACAGUAGUUUUAUAUAUAUAUAUAUAUAUAUAUAUAUAUAUAUGCUGUUUCAAUGCAGUGCGAAUGUUAUUUGUCAUUCUAAUAUGGUAAUUGACACUUCUCCACACCAUUACCGCCCCCACCCCCCACCAAUCCUAACAGAGAUGCCAACUUUCCAACCCCUAACUGUGAUCUCAAUGGAUUGGAGCCACAAAAGCAAUCUGUCACACGCUGCGUGCUUGCAUUCUUUUUUGUUUGAUUUUUGUUUUCUUAUACCGACCAUUUAUUUCUAAAAUUGCCUUAAUGUUUAAUUUGCUUCUUUUCUCCUUACAACUAAACCUUGGUAUUGUCUUGCCAAGGCUACUGAAACAGAGCCACUCUAGUUUUGACUGCUGUCGAUGUUUACCAGCAUGUUUGUGCUGCUGACGUCUGAAUAGCACUACUGCAGAUAUUUUUCCCCCAUUUUCAAUGAGUGGAAAAAAACAGGAACAAAACAUGUUUCCCCAUGUUUGCAAUGGGACUUGGUGGUUAAUUCCUUCAGAGAGUUAACACACAUGCAGUGAGGCGAGUGACCACCUACUGUGCUGUAAAAUUCUGGUGAACAUAUAUCCACUGGUAUCUUUACAAUGCCGAUUGCUGGGUUCUUGACCAAUUGAUAUUAACAGCCUGGCAUGGGAUAUGGUCACAGGCAUGACAGACAGGGAGAGACAAGAAAUUGAGUAUUAAUAUAAUCAGUGUGGUUCAAAAAUAUAAGAAUACUGUCUUGCAACCAAAAAUGGAGAGGAAGUUCAUUGACUUCAGGUAAAACAUGCAGAGACGUAUACAGGUUAAAAAUCUAAAGGAAACUAUCCAGGAAUCUUGCCAAAAUCAUGAGAAUUGGCAUCUCUGGCUUUGGACACCACCAGAUUUCCAGUUAUCUGUGUGUGUCUGUGUGUGUGUGUGUGCGUGCAUGCGUGUAUGUCUACUGUAGACUCAGGGUGUCCAUAAAUGGACUUGUAAUAUGAGCAUUUAAAAAAAAACUUUUUUUUAAUUUAUAUUAAAAUUGUUCAAUACAGGACAAACAUGUUUUCUACUGCAAGGAUUAUUUUCUUCUACUUGUGCAUAGCAAAUUAUCUACAACCUCAUUCUUUGCAAUAAGCUUCAACAGGAAUUAGUUACAGGGGGUGUUUGACCAUUAAAACCAGGGCUGCUGGUUUCAGGUAGAGCUUGAGAGGAUGGUUAUUGUAAGUGAGCUGGGAAUGCGGCAGUGUAUAUGGAAAGGUUGCAUUUUAAGUGUGACUUUAUUUAGGUAUUACAAUUUCUGGAAUAUCAGGAAUUCCAUGAAAAAAAGCAAGGAAGUCUGUGAAAGUAUUCAGUAUUUUAAACUUUUUUUUCCAAAUAUAGACCAAGCAAUAUUUAUGCCUAUACAGUACUACCUGUAUGUGCUAGGGAAACUGAUGGUAGCACAACGCUUUGUUUAAUAUUGAAGGUCCUGGAAUGCUGUCUAGUAUGGGAUGAUUCAAGAGUUGAGCCACAAACGCCAGUGGCUAAAUGUAGUUUUUCCAUCCAUUAGUUGCAGCAAUAACAGCACUGCAUAACCUGUUUGCCUUACUGUACUUAAAAGCUUACACAGUAAUCGCUGCAGUUAUAUGUGGCUAGUCUGGUCAUUUCAACUUGAUACUUAAAACUUAUGCUAACACAUCUGGGUGUACACUCUGUAUGAAAGACUGCUUAUAUGCAGUGAAAACAUGGGCUACAGUUGCAUUGGAGAACACUACUGUACUUCAGAAUAUUUGUAAUGUGGUUCUUAGAAGCAAGGAGGUCUUUGAAGAUCCAAGGCCUGUUCUGAAUCAGAAAACCUGAUUCGAAUGAAGAGACUGUCUUCAGCAAAACUGUAACACUUCCUGGUGUUUUACAUAGGCUGUUUUCAAUUUUCAAUAAAAACUGAAGCAAAAAGUUUAUUUUUGCCGCCUUUUACUGC